ACAAAGUGAGCUGCACACCAUAUAUGGAGAAACCCGUUUCUUAAAACUAGUGAUGAACUCAUGCUCUGUUCUGUUUUCUCAAAGCUGAAGUCGGCUAGCUUUGCAAAGCUGCGGGCUGAGCACUCAGGAAGGCAAUCACACUCUCAGAAACUGCGGCGGCUCUGCACUGCAGCCUCCCAAGGCUCCAUGCCAGACAAAGCAUGUGUGCCACACUUGCUACAAUAGCCUGGAUGGUUUCUUUUGUCUCCAGUUAUUCACACACAGCAAAUAUUUUGCCAGAUAUCGAAAAUGAAGAUUUCAUCAAAGACUGCGUUCGAAUCCAUAACAAGUUCCGAUCAGAGGUGAAACCAACAGCCAGUGAUAUGCUAUACAUGACUUGGGACCCAGCACUAGCCCAAAUUGCAAAAGCAUGGGCCAGAAAUUGCCAGUUUUCACAUAAUACACGGCUGAAGCCACCCCACAAGCUGCACCCAAACUUCACUUCACUGGGAGAAAACAUCUGGACUGGGUCUGUGCCCAUCUUUUCUGUGUCUUCCGCCAUCACAAACUGGUAUGACGAAAUCCAGGACUACGACUUCAAGACUCGGAUAUGCAAAAAAGUCUGUGGCCACUACACUCAGGUUGUUUGGGCAGAUAGUUACAAAGUUGGCUGCGCAGUUCAAUUUUGCCCUAAAGUUUCUGGCUUUGAUGCUCUUUCCAAUGGAGCACAUUUUAUAUGCAACUACGGACCAGGAGGCAAUUACCCAACUUGGCCAUAUAAGAGAGGAGCCACCUGCAGUGCCUGCCCCAAGAAUGACAAGUGUUUGGACAAUCUCUGUGUUAACCAACAGCGAGAUCAAGUCAAACGUUACUACUCGGUUGUGCAUCCAGGCUGGCCCAUAUAUCCACGUAACAGAUACACUUCUCUCUUUCUCAUUGUUAAUUCAGUAAUUCUGAUACUGUCUGUCAUAAUUACCAUUUUGGUACAGCACAAGUACCCUAAUUUAGUUCUUUUGGACUAAUACAAUCCAGGAAAGAAAAAACCCAAAUAUCAACCUGAUUCAAAUAUGGUUUUUUUUUUAACCAAUAACAGUGAAUAACAAUUAGGUGUAAUUCUAUUUUAAAACAUUUCAGAAAAAAGUAUAUGUUGCAGCCACACUCUUACUCAAAAGAAGAAACUUCCUAACUAUCAGAUAAACUCAUCUUUACUUCCCACUUUUCUAUAAAUAAGCAUUGUUUGCAGGUUGCCACAGGUGGACUUUCAGUAAGUAACUUAACCCAUGUUUCAGCUUCUAAAUCUGCAAAAUGAGCAAGGUACAGUAGUACUUUUUAAGGUGAUUCUUAGUAACUCUGGUAGCCAUUAUUACUUUUUGCACGCUGCUUCGACUCUAAAUAUCUGGUUUUCCCUGUUCUCUUGCAACCUGAUGUCUUUCUGGUUUACCACUUCCCCAGAUUCAGAACAGAGUAACUAGGGGAUCUGAUUUUAGAGGCCUUGUUUUUCUGUUCAUGGACUGUUAAAAGUAAAACCAAAUUUUCAAAAGGGAUAAACCUAAAUAUUUGUUUGUUAUCAUUAAAGGGAGCAUCAAAUGCUAGGACAUCAUUAUAUCUGAAGACUAACCAAUGGCAUCAGACACUGGAUUUAAUGGAUAAUCACAAUGGUCGUAAUGUAUACAAAGACAUAUAUACCACUUUCUAGUACAAAAUUUUCAAAAAACACAAUAAUAUAAUAAUUUAUAAAGAACACUCUUCUAUGAACAACCACCACCAAAACAAAACCCUCAGAAAAUUUCUCACAAAUAAGGCAACUAAUGCCUGGUAUCUCAAAAUCCUUUACAAAAGGAGAUAGUUCUAGUCAAGGAGUUUGGGGUAUGUUACUUUUUUUUCUUCUUUUUCUUUUCAUCUGCCUCCAUCUUCAGUGCAAUUUCUUCAGCUGUAAGAGCUCCCAGUUUCUUAUUCUUUGCUUUCUUAACCUUUUCCUUGAUGCUGGCCACAUCAAUUUUAGUUUCAGUAGAAGCUAGACAAAUUAAAAGCACAAUACAUGUAACACUUUAGAUGUUACCAAGUGAAACAAAGAAUAUAUUUUAAAGCAGUCACUUCAGAGUCCUCUUAUAAUUGAAAAAUCACAGUAUAAAAUAUAAAAACACCUGCCUAAAGGGGUCAGAAAUUUAUUCAGACUAAUAAAACCAUAAAAUACUUUAAUACAUAAAAAUGGCAUGAUUGAUUGAACCAAUUACUGGAUUCAACUAUAUUAAGACUAUUUCCUUAAAUCCUACUUCAGACUAAAUUAUUUUACCUACAUUCUUUUCCAUAUUUUGGAACUUUUGAGUCCUCAUUAUUUUCCAUCUUGCAUAUUAAAAUAAUUUACAUGUAUCCCUUCUCAGUAAGUUUAAUCAGCUAACCAUAAGCUACAGGUCAAAAUCUACUUCCUCUAAUACCAAAACAAAAACUUAAAGUUUUCCAAAUAUUAAUUCAAUGAAUGACUAAUAGUAUUCUAUUUAACAAGAGUUUGCUGUAUUUAACAACAUUUUGGUGAAUAAAGACAAUUUGGGCAUACUUGGAAGUUCCCCUAACAGGACCCAACUAUCUAAUCAAUGACAAAAGUAGGAGCAAAAUAGAGAAAGGAAGCAGUGAAAAAGAAUGCAACUUUUUCUUACUAUUCAAAGUACAGUAUCACAGCAUAAAAGAAUCAUAAGAUAAAACAUCAUAAUGUACAAACUAUCCAGCAACCUGAGAAGCACAGAGCGUUAAAGCCUCCACCGUGUGGAGAAACUACAUUAGGUUAACUAGCUAUUGAGUACCUUCAAAGCACUCAACUGACAGGUUGUACAAACUGGAAAUUAUAAUACUUAUGACAUUUUUACCUUUCAUAUAACCAAUAAUCUACCACAGAAUACAGUAUUUUUAAAACUAUUAACAAGCAAUAUGUUACAUAAUGUAUUAUAUCUGUUUCUGACCAAGUCUGUACAAUAUUGCUGGGGGGCCCUCUCCCCUCAGUGUCACUGUUCACUUUGGAGGGUUACUUUAGGAAGAGGACAAGUGUUACCACAGGGGGGAAAAAUGCAGAAGAGGAGAGGAUGCAUCAGAAUGAGACUAGAAAUGUUAUGAGAAUGUUUUCUCUUAGUGUCUUUUAAAUACUAGGUUAGUGGGAAAGUGAUUGUGGUUUCUGCCAUUUAAAAACCACUAUCACUUUCACACUAAUAAAUAGCUCCUGAAUAAGACCUGUCAGUGUCCUUUAGUCCAAAGUGAUGAUAAAUCCAUGUUACCAAUAUAGAAGCCAAACUCUAAGCCAAAAUCACAGAAAGAGAAGAAAAAGUACAACUUCUGGUAAUUCCUCUUUGAGAGGCAUGACAGCAGAGCUCAGGGAUCGUCUUGCUUGCAUUUCUACAGAAGACAUACUGGCUGCCCUGGGUUUGUAUCUUUCACAACAAACAGUCUUUCCUAAGCACAGACCAGAGGUCAGGAGAGGAUUGUCAAUCCAGUUUGCAAUGAAACAGGCAUUAGCUGCCUCUAGUCCUUAGGAUCAGUAAUUAAUGAAAUGCUAAGAGAACUGAUGAAAACAUGAUUAUUUCUUAAAGAGAUUCAGACAAAUUCACUAUGGGUUUACUUUUCAUAAUUAAUAAAGACUUUUACAUCACAGAAAGCAUUACCUUCCUUAGGUUUCACAAUUGGUUUUUCUUUAGGUGGAAUAAAUGCUUUGUUUCUUUCCUCUUGUUUCUUACUGAUGGCUUCUGCUUGUUUAGCCUACAUUAGUAAAUAAAAAAUACAUUAGUUAAAUGUAUUUAUAGUUAAAUAAUUCAAGUAUCUAUGAACUUUGCUAUUAAUGUUGUGAGCUAGACAUAAAGUACCUUUAUUGCUUCCA